AUGGGGUCUACAGGUGACGACAUGGCCUCGGUGGAGCAGAACGCCUCCUUGAACCCUCUGUGCUUCGAGUGUGGCCAGCAGCACUGGACAAGGGAGAACCACCUCUACAACUACCAGAACGAAGUGGAUGAUGACUUGGUCUGCCACAUUUGCCUUCAGCCCUUGUUGCAGCCAUUGGACACUCCCUGUGGACACACUUUCUGCUACAAGUGCCUAAGGAACUUCCUGCAGGAGAAGGAUUUUUGCCCGCUGGAUCGAAAAAGACUCCAUUUUAAACUCUGCAAAAAAUCCAGCAUUCUUGUUCAUAAACUGCUAGACAAGCUGUUUGUUUUGUGCCCCUUCUCUUCGGUGUGCCAGGAAGUCAUGCAACGAUGUGACCUGGCGGCACAUCUCAGAAACAGGUGUCCUGGGGCUUCUCAUCGAAGGGUUGCUCUGGAGAGACAGAAAACGAGCAAACUGCAAGCAGAAGUGGAGGGCGACAGUGGUCCCGGUGGGACGGAGCAGCCCAGCAGUUUAUCUCCGGACACUGAUCAGGGAAUAGUACCAGCCGAGCAGAGCUUCACCUCGCCUGCCCUUCCCGCGUGGAUGGACGAGCCCGGCAUCGACAAUCCGCCUUUUGAGGAGAACACAGUAGCAGACAUAAAUCAACAGCCGCCUACCUUGCCUGAAGGAGAGAUCACUACUAUUGAAAUUCAUCGGUCCAAUCCUUACAUCGAAUUAGGAAUUAGCAUAGUGGGUGGUAAUGAAACGCCUCUGAUCAACAUUGUCAUUCAGGAGGUUUAUCGAGAUGGGAUCAUUGCCAGAGAUGGAAGACUUCUUGCUGGAGACCAAAUACUUCAA